UAAUUGUAUACUUUUAUGUUCAGAUUACAGUAUUUUGCAAGAGGUUUGCAAGUUUACAUCAGACAACUACGUCUUGCUUUGCAAGGAAAAACGGGUGAAGCUUUGAAAACGGAAGAGAACAAAAUUAAAGUUGUUGCUUUGAAGAUAACCAAUAACAUUAAUGUUCUCAUCAAGGAUCUGUUUCACAACCCUCCCUCUUAUAAAAGCACGGUCACCCUUUCUUGGAAACCUGUACAGAAGGUUGAAGUAGGGCAAAAACGAAUGGCUGAGGAAAAUACUUCAUCCCCUCCCAAGAAACAAUCUCCAGCACAAAAACGGGAUACCAGACAGAUUUACAAUCCACCCAGUGGCAAAUACAGCAGUAAUCUUGGUAAUUUCUCCUAUGAACAGCGAGGAGGUUUCCGUGGAGGUAGAGGUCGAGGCUGGGGUGGACGAGGAAAUCGUAGCAGGGGACGCCUCUAUUAGAAUGAAAGGCUCCUUCACCGUUGUCCAUUGUGCAUUAGUUACUGUGUAUUAUAAUCUUGGGAUUGCUACAGAGCACCUACAAGAACUGCUAGUAGCCUUCAAAGGAGAAUUCUGUAUUUAAGCAAACCUAAUUUCUAGAAAAUAACUUUGUACAUUUCAAUCUAUGUUUAUAUGUGGGAAUGUGAAGCUGUUUUUCCAAGCCCACACAAUUGUUCUGAAAUGUGCUUUUAAUUUCUUUUUCUUUGUUUUAUACUGCAGUUCUGACAUUUAUAAUAAUUGUAGGCUGGGAGGAAUUUUCAAAACAUAAAGCACAGCAACAGUUGACAUUCCAAAAUCCAUCUUGGCAAAAGCACUAGGAUAAAUUGAAAUAUGGUAGGAAAUUUGUGAGCAACUCUUGUGUGCUACAUGUUAUCCAACACGUUUCCCAUUAUGUGACGUAAAACCUGCAUUUGCAGCAAUGUUUGAAAAUAGUCCUUUUGUGAUCUCUGGCCAGUAUGGUAAAUUUCGAGCUGUUCUGGAUUCCCAGUACCAUUGUUUUAUUUCCAAAUAAAUAUGUGCCACUAGACCACGUAGCAUCAUGGUAACAGUUCAUGAGAAGACUCUUGCAGCACUAGCACUUCCAAACUUCGGAUUUCGUGCUCCUUGUGUUGAAAUACCUAACCUUUUAAUUCCCUACAAUAGAUUUCCCAGUCUGAUAGCAGAUUAGCAAUGGUUUUCAAAGGUUGGCAUCUUACGACUAACAAUUGAUGGAACUUCAAAAUUUUUUUUUUCCCCAUUUAUCUCUCUGGAUUAUAUUUUGCCUUUGCCUUCUCUGCUUCCCAGUUGAGAUUGGUGAAUUUAAUUGUGUUGAAAUUAUGGGUAAAAGCACACUUGUGUAGUGGUGUAUUCAUAUACGGUGUGCUACUCUGUUGGGGCUGGGUCAGACGUUCCUUUUCUGGAUUUAGGUGGAUGCAACCCAGACCCAGUUCAGUAUGUGUCCUUUGGCAAAUGAAUGGCACUAUCCCUAUUGAUGAACAUAAGGCUUCAUGCUGUGAUAAAACUUUAGUGCUGUGCGAUAUUUACAUAACCUGUUGCAUUUUUAUGAUCUGUGUGGAUUAAUUGUUGAGUGCUAUAGUACUGAAGUACUGUAUUCAAAAAGUACUUGUAGUUUUAAAAAAAGAAUGAUUGCUUGAUUCAAAAGCUUUGUCUGCAUUUGUGCUUUGAUCCCAACUUCAUUGCCGAGUUGCGUACCCACUAAUCUUUUGACAUCAAUAUUACCUUAUUGUGCAUUUGCAUCGUACAAUGGGCUUCAUUUUGAUGUCAGGUUUAAACAGUCAUGAGGUAAGUUUUCUGAUCAAUUUCUCAGUUUAUCCCUCUGCCCCAGUAAACUGACAACUAUUAACUUUCAUACAUUAAUUUUUUUCUGAUUAUUAUAUAUGCAUUCAUUUUUAAAAUGAGAACGAAAACCAUUGCACUAUUGGGCUGAGUACUACAUCUAUAUAACAGAAUCAUAUGCCAUUGAUUGUGGUCUUGAGCAAACCUACGUAAUCAGCAGGUUAACUCUUGCUAAUCUAUUUUCACAAGCCUUCAAAUGCUUUAAGUGAUGAUGCAUUAUCACACUUCAGUUCUGGUUGUGGGAAUUGCUGUCUAGCAUACUUACACAAAACGUUACAUUAUGAUUCUGGUUAUUGUUAUCUGCAUGCGACAAACACCAGUACGAUUCUGAAUAAACUGCAAGUUGUCGUGCGUUAUUGCGUCAUGAUCUUGCAGAAUGUUCACUUGCAUUAGUGAUCUUGGGAGUCCAGCUUUAAAAGCCCUGGUAUCUAAAUUGAAGAAACAACAGUCAAUUCAAGGCAGUAACUGCUGUGCAUUGGUGAAGCAGCUAUACAGAAAUUGGGCAAAGUUCUUUCACUGUGCACAUUGUGGUGAUAAAGGCCACAGUGGGAUUGUUAAUGUUCAUGUCGAAAUUUGAA